CGCCGCCGUCCUCGGGGGGACUGCUGGGAGCUGUAGGCGCGCGCCGCGGGGCUGCUGGGAGUUGUAGGCGCGGCGCUAAAGGCCGCAGGCCGGGGGGAGGCGCUGUAAAUCUCUGCUCCUUCGGCAUGUCCUUCUCUGUCCCUGGGCACCGAGGCUCUGCCUGACAGCUCUGAGGCUGCGUGAGCUGCUCUGCAGGAGGAGAGAUGGGGAAAAGAUAUUUCUGUGAUUACUGUGACCGGUCCUUCCAGGACAACCUGCACAACAGGAAGAAGCACCUCAACGGAGUGCAGCAUCUCCGGGCUAAGAGAGCCUGGUACGACUUGUUCCGAGAUGCUGCUGCUAUCCUGCAAGAGGAGCAGAGCAAGAAGCCUUGUCGGAAGUUUCUACAAACAGGGCAGUGUGACUUUGGGUCCAACUGCAGAUUUUCCCACAUGACAGAACAGGACUUGGAGAAGCUGAGUGCGCAGGUGCAAGGGGAGCAGAGAUUGAGGGAGCUGCGGCAGGAAGGAGCAGAAAUCCCACCUGGCACCAUUGAGAUCUGGCUGGAGAAGAGAGCCAAGAGGCUGAGCGCAGCUCAGAGCAACAGUGCCCUGCCUGAGAAACCCGCACCCUUCCAGUACCCCCCCGGCUGGCCCCCUCUGCAGGAGCUGCCCCCAUCCCUGCGGGCCCCCCCGCCUGGGGGGUGGCCGGUGCCCCCCGGCCUGCAGUGGGGCUGAGGCGUCGUGCUGGGGCCGGACUUCUUCCUAAUGUGAGAACGAGACCGGAUUAUUUAUAUGUGCUUUUAUAGGAAUAAAAUUCUCCCCCCGUUGCAGCCUCGUGUUGUUUCUUGCCUGGUGGCAUCGGUGGGUCGACCCGACUCCUGCAAUGGGGGAAGUGGGAAUGUAAGUGCAGCACCUCUUCUGUGGGCUGCCUGUGCAGCUGCCCCGGGCCUGGAAAGGAAGCUGCAAACGGGCUUUUAAGCAUCGCUGCUUAAUAUUUCCUCUGGUGUUGAUAAUUUAUGUUUGCUUCUGUUAAAAGUAAAAGCAUAAAACAGCCUUGGUUCAGGUACUGGAGCUCCUAAUGAAGAGUCAGGGGAGCUCCCGAAAACCCCGUGCUCCUGUUCCUGCUGUGCUGGAGGUGAGAAGAAAAGAGGGGAAGAAAAUGAAA